AUGUAUGACCCUGCGAAGGUUGACCUAACUACGGUGGCUCUCAAGUCGCUAAUCUUGGGUAUAACAUUAACAGUGUCGCUAUUAAUGAUAAUCUUUACGAGUUUUCAACUACAGAUGCCAGUUUACGUAUUUUCCAUCUCGAUUUUUCACUUAUCAGAGUUUUUUUGUACGCUGAUCUUCAACCUUUCAGAGAUAGAUGAUGAUUCGUUCAUAUUAAACGACACCGAGCUCUUAGCUGUCUACGGGGCAUCGACUUUGGAAUAUUCCAUUAGCCACUUCCUAUUCCCUUUCCCGUGGACCACUACCUUAACCGUCCGUAUGUAUGUGGGUUUUCUUAUCAUCCUUCUUGGACAAUCGUUUAGAUCAUUGGCAAUGGGUACCGCGAAAGAAUCUUUCAACCAUUACAUUCAAAGAGAACACAAGUCUAAACACAAAUUGGUGACACAUGGAAUAUAUAGCAUUCUGAGACAUCCGCUGUACUUUGGUUUCUACUGGCUCAUAGUAGGACACCAACUCUGGCUUGGGAAUUGGUUAAUGCUUGUAGUAUGUGCUUACAAGCUUGGAAACUUUUUCAGAAAGAGAAUCGAAUUUGAGGAGAACUACUUGAUCCUGUUCUUUGGAGAGGAGUACAUAAAUUAUAGAAGACGAGUUGGAGUAUGGAUACCUACUAUAUAG